AUGGCGGCGGCGGCGUUCUCCCGCAGAUUCUCGUCCGCCUUCCUUAAACCCUCCUCCCAUUCUCCGAUCCCCUCCUACUUCCUCACUCGAAAUCCCUUAAACCCUUCUUAUCUCGAUUCAACCCUCCCAACUGGACUCUCCGCCCUAGCCGAAUCGAAAGGCUUCGAUUCUCCCCGAUCGUACUCCAUCCUCAGCUCCCGCGCUCCAAUUCAAUCUCUCCCGCCGUCCACUUUCCGAACCCCAACCUUCCCCUAUUCCUCCUCCAGCUCCCAGCCAGAAGAAGCAACAAAACCGGAAUCCGAGUACCCGAGCAAGAACCCGGACUUCAAGCACCAGGAGAUCGAAGGCCCGACCGUGGAGCGGGACCUCUCCUCCCUCGCCAACGAGACCAGAGCCGUGCUGGAGCGGAUGAUGAAGAACAUCGAUUCUCUGAGCAGGGCGAUGGCCGGGCUGGGCCUGAUCCAGCUCGGGAUCGGGUCCUGGAUCUCGUACGUCACCAGGGGGACGCCGAUCGUGGAAGUUUCGGUCCAGAGCGCGGUGGCUUUCGGGUUCCCGUUUGCGCUGGCGUUCAUGUUGAGGCAGUCGCUGAAGCCCAUGUACUUCUUCAAGAAGAUGGAGGAGCUGGGCAGGCUCCAGAUCUUGACGCUGGCGCUCCAGGUGGUGAAGAAUUUGAACGUGUUCUUGGUUAGGGCUCGCGGGGCUACCGUCUUGUGCGCUGUUGGGGUGGGUGUGGGAAUGGGGUUCGCUUUGUACCCGAGGUUGUUGGCGUGA